AUGGCUUCCAGGGAGCCAACGGAGGAGGAGAUUUCGCAGAUCCUCGAGAUUGCCAACUUCGACCCGCACGAUGACCGGGCCAUGGUCAUCCAGGCGCUGAAGAGCAACGGCUGCAACAUAGAGACGGUCCUGAUGCAGUUCUUUGACAACUCCGCCAACUUUAGGCAAAAGUAUACCCAAGUAUGGAAUGAGAGCAUGUUUUCUGCCGAUAGAGAUGGUAGCGAUAACAACGCGGGCAUCUCUUUUCACGUCGAGUCGAUGGGCCAGAACGAGGUCAUACAAGGCGUCACACCUCCGCCCGAGAACUACGGCCCCGGAGCCCCGUCAAGACCGCCUUCGAGGUCAAACGAUCGGUCGCCCCUCGGGAGAAUGGUGGAUUGGGCCGCUGGCCCAGACGCGCCAGGUACUGCCGACUUCCUUUCCCGCGUGAACGCGGCUCUAACGCGAGACCUUCUAGGUGCUUCCAAUGCACAAUCACGGGAGGACGAAGACAUGCAGCGGGCUCUCCGUGAGUCGGCACAGGAGGCUGGAAUAGCCCUGCCGGUCCAGGAAACAGGCGUUGUGGACUCGUCGUCUUCUGCUCCUCGUUUUGGACCCGCUAACCGCGGCGAAUACGAUCAAGACAACUGGGCUAUGAUCCCAGCCGAAUCGAACAAUGCGAGUUCGCCAGCGCCGGAGGCCAGGAAGAGAGCCACAGGAGCCCCUGCGUUUCUUGUCCAGGGCCGGUCCUCGUUCGGAGAGCAUCGCCUGGGAGGCUUGCUGACCAUUCUCCACGAGAUACCGCUUGCUCGAAACGUCUUGCUGCAAUGUGGCGCGGCUGCGGCAUCCUAUGGCUUCAACAGUGACUGGUGGAAUGGCCAAGAGAUACUGGCGCCCGACGUCUUGGCCAAACUGCAGUCGGGUGAGCUUGGAUGGGGCGACAGACACGUCGAAUCUGACGCCAGUCAUGAGGAGAUGCACCGACUCAUGGCUUUUCUGGACUCGACAGAGCGCAGUUACGGCACCGUGAGCGUUUUGACUGACAUCAUUCCCUAUUCCAGCCUCGGUCCUGAGAAACAGUUCUACGAGCAGCUCACCGAGCAGAAUGGGGACUUGAUCAAACCGUUGACCCAGGUUGCGACCUUGGCACGCGUGCUCGGCGGCAACAUUGGCGAUGACGAGGCCAAGUUCGGCCUGCUAGAGAUUGAGCAUCUCCGAACCGAUUACAAGUACAUCAAGACCCUGUAUGAGUCGCUCGACCACAUCAUGUGGAGCGAUGCUCUCGCCUGGGGUGAGCUGAACGAGGAGUCUAAGAUGGCCGUGUUCAAGGAAAUGGGCGAGGUCAUCACCAUUAAGGUUGGAGGCGAUGGUCCUGCGGAUUCAAUCGACAUCCCCCUUGAAUUUUACCCGGAGAAGUAUCUCGACUCGCGCAAAGAUGAGGCGCGGCGGAUACAGCAGGGUUGGUGCGACACGAAGGAGCAGAUUAAAGACAUUGCCCUGGCUCAGCAAGAGCUGCACCACUGGCUCAACGAUUGGAAUCAUGAGUCAUUUGACAAAGGAGACGUACUCAAAAAGGUAACGGCGCAGUGGACUGCCUACCGCGAAUAUCUCACUGGCCGCGGGCGGUUCCGAGGAAUGGAGGAAUCUGGAUUCGACACGGACAAGUAUCCAGACUACCGGGCUGCGCCAUGUACAAUGAACGAAGAAGAGCAUGGUCAUCAACAGAAGGUGGAGGAGGUCCUCGAGGCAGCGAGCCUGGCCGUCGCCGACAUCGAGGCCAAGAUGAAGGCCACAAACGAGCAGCUGGAACGAGUCCAUGCCAAGCAACGUGCUCUCGGCAGACUCCUUACCGACCCCAACAAGCAGGGUCGACCGCGGCCGAUGACGUGCAAAAAGUAUCUCCUGCGCGGCGUAGCGACACCGAACGACGUGAUUUACCUCUGCCAGCGCUCUGAGCCAGACUUGAUUGAGUUGGACGAAUCUCCCAAGCCGUUGGACCAGUGGUGGAGACUGGCUUACGCUCCAAAGGACGACAGCCUGGUCAAGGCUGAGAAAAUCGAGGUUGAACGCGUCCUCCGUGAAAUGUGGCAAGAGACGAAGAACCCGCUUCUCGUCUAUGCCACUGAGGAUGCACUCGAGACGCCACGGGAGCCACUGUCGGCACCCCUGGAUAGGUUCGCGCGGGCAGAGAACAAGGCCUUCCGCCAGGAGCUGAACCGGGAGGUGGCAGAGGUGGAGUCACGGAAGGCUUCAUUGGUCGACCCGAUAUCUCCGUCCAAACGCAAGCACCGCUCGGACAGCCCCGACUCCAUGGACAGCAAUCGAGCUUCAAUCGGUAGCGUGGACCAGGGCGGCUUCGACAAUCCAUUUGAGGAAAACCAAGACAUGAGGGAAACCGAGAUGAUGGACAUGUCGGGACAACAGUUCUCUGCCGAUGCAGAGUCGACCGACGUGACUCCGCCCGCUCCUUCGAGCCGACAGCCUGCGCUCACGGAGAGCACCUCUGCCACGCUGACCCCGAACACGCUGCCGGCUGAGGACCUAGACUCAGUGGGUGCAGUCCAGGGGCAGUCACCGCUCGCAGGUAACGUUGACAGGGCGGACCGAGCGCCUGAGAUGCAGGAACGAUCGCGACCACCAGCCUUUAUAUCACCGUCCACAAGAGGCUCUGGCCAGAAUGGUGGAAGCAAGACGAGCAUAGACAUGGACAUUGGUGAGCAUGAAAACUAG